AUGCUGACUAUCAGGUUUUCAUUAGUCAUCCCAUUAAUAAUCUUGAUCAUUGGAAUUCAAUAUUCCAUCAAUCAACAAUCGAAAUCGACCCUUUUUGACAAUAUUAUUAUCAAAAGUUAUAGUUUUGAAAAUACCGAGGAGGACAACAUGGUAAUAGCCCGUUCGUUUAAAGAGACGUCCGACCGGAUCCACCAGUUUGUAAAUGAUGAAGAUUUACAAGGGACUGAGCCGGAAUCGAUAUUGAAAUUACGACAAUCCACAAAGGAGAAAAUCCAUAGAUCGAUGGAGAUAAUAUCCCAAGCCCUCGAUGAGUUUGAGUACUCCAACAUUUCCAUUUCUUUCAAUGGCGGGAAAGAUUGUCUUGUGAUGUUGCAUCUUUAUAUGGCGGUGUUAAAUGAUCGGAAAUUGGUACUGGAAACACACGACGAUGGAUCAUUGAAGAAAAUGAGUUCCGUAUACAUUUAUUACGAGGAUACGUUUGAAGAGAUCGAGGAGUUCAAUAAAGAAACCAGCAAGACUUACAAUUUGGAUCUCCAGGUGUAUUCUUAUUGCAAAUUGAAAGUGGGGUUUGAAAAAUACUUGGACGACCACCGAAAUAUCCAGGCGAUCAUCGUGGGCAACCGGAAAACCGACCCGUAUUCGGAGAAUUUACAGGCUUUCCAACCAACAGAUAACGAUUGGCCGUCGUUUGUACGAGUCCACCCGAUUUUGGACUGGACGUACCAAGAAAUAUGGUUCUUCUUGAUCAAUUUGAAUGUCCAUUAUUGCAAGCUUUAUGAUUACGGGUACACGUCAAUCGGAGGGAUCUCCUCAACAAUACCAAACCAAUAUUUGAAGAAAACAGACUUUGAAUUGAAAAAUAAGGAUAUCAACAGAGAGAAUUUAAAUUGGAUGAUACAAUUAUAUCAAAAAAAUAGCCAGAUUUCCCCAGAAUACCGUUUUUACACCGAUGAAGAACUAGAGGCUCAUGAACAUUACCCAGCGUUUUAUUUACAAAAUGACGAUUAUGAAAGAUUUAGCAGACAAACAAAACAAAAAGCACAGUGA